UUCUUUCUCGUACAGGGAUAUUGCAGUGCCCUCUCCACCCCUCCCCCCCCUUCCUCUUCUACCCCUUUGCUGCGUUUGAACCUGAGCGGCUAGCUGUCUGUAAAUAUCCGUCAUGCCCGUUAUGGCUGCGUUGGAUCUAUAUACAGCCGCUUCUGAUCUUUACGAUGGGACGAAAAACGGAUAGAAGUCGUAAUUUACAACUCAAAGGCCUUAUCGGAUCGAAAUUAGGAUCAAAACAACAUCAAACAUCAAAAAAAUCCCUUUCGGCUGCAUCAAAGAAGAACUAUGAUGAUGCAGAGCAACUGUGGUCCAGCUUUUGUUCCUUCAUCCAAAGGCCCGCGAUAUUGACUUUCGAGACGCCGAUACCUGACACCGAUACUCUCAAACAAUUCAUGGAAUGGUGGUAUGCUGGUUCCGAAGGAAGGAUCAAGAAGUCGCCAAGUUUGGCUUCCACAGAGGUUGUGUGGCAGCGGAUACAGGCAAUUAUCUUUCGAAAGACCAACAAACGUGUACCAAAGGUCGUCAGUGAAGACGUCUAUGCGUAUAUUCGGAACGAAUUGACAGAUGAGUAUGGUAUACCAACAGAUCGCAUGCGGAAAGAUGCGUGCGACGCGACUGUCUUCAACGACCUCGUGACGCAGCUUCACAUCCACGACUCGGAAGAAAUUCCUCACGAGCGGGAGCGACUUAGCAUGCACUUCUUCCUGAUGUGGUGUUUCUUUUCAGCGGGUAGACCAGGCGCCAUUGUGCCCACUGGGUACUACCCAAACAUACACCUUGUUUACGAGGAUAUACAGUGCAUUCUUAUGCGGAUGGGAGACGAUACACAAAAGUUCGGAAUAGUUGCCUGUCAGCGCUGGAUGAAGGGUAAGAAGCAACAGGUUUCCAGCAAUUUACGGCUGCUUUGGUUGGAGGAGCCCGAUAUCUCAUGUUGCAUUGUGUCUUCACUACUCGCUUUUGCUAUUGCCGACGGAGCCUUCGCGGAUGUUCAAUGCCAAAAAGACCUGAAUGAUAUGAAACUCGAUUCGGCUGAGGAUAUGCGCGUUAUACCUUACAAGCAGAGCUUUCUGCAAACUCCUUUUUUGAGGGACGAGGAAGGCCAACCAAUAUCCUAUUCACGAUUCUGGUAUCUACUGCGUGAUCUUAGUCACCGAGCAGGGUACAAGAACCAUAUCCGUCCCUAUGAUAUCCGGAGAGGAACCGCAAAUAACAUUGACGAAAACGCAAAAGAUACGGAACGGAAUCAGAUCUUGGGACAGUCCAGCAAAGCCAUCUACCAAAAGUACUACCAGCACGAGAUAUCGAUGGUUGAUAUCAAGGGUCUGGUUCUCCGAGGGAAACAGGAUCCUGGUUUUACUACUGCUGCGCUUCGCCGCAAUCUAAGGCUUCAAAGAAUUCCUACCCGGCUUCCAUCCCGCAAACAUCGAGAAUUUAUGCAACGCUGGAGAGAAUUGGCCGCUGAGAACCCGAAUCAAACGGACAUCUUAGGCAAGAGAGAGCGCACAAAAGCCUGGAAGGAAUUACUUUCUGAUUGGAACGAACGAAGAACUAGAGAUACAGGCUCCGUAUGCACUGGGAGAACGACUAAGAUAUCUUCAUCCAUCGAAUUGCUCGGAGAUCUCGACGACCCAGAAACAAAAGCUGGAGUUUUAGGGCGACUUGAUCCAAAUCGUCGAUACAUUCGGGAUGAGAUUUCGUCUGGAGCUCUGUACUCGCUGAGGUCUUCACCGUCAUUUCAAUGUAUGAUCAACUUGUGUAGCGAUGAUUACCGCCCCGCGGGUCUCUUCUAUACUGGAGAAGAUCCGAUUACCAAGGAUACUGGAUGCACGGAAUGUCGAUUCUGCCACAAGGAUAUGGAUCAAUUGCAUUCUCUACAAAAGUGUCUCCAUGCUCACGACUGUGCGGCUAUGGCUCGACGGCUAUCAUCUGAACGCCCGUGGAAACCGCGACUCUGCCAUCGCUGUAACAUCUGGUUCAAUACACUGCCCCAGUAUCGAGAGCACUGCAAGGCUCAUCUAGAAGACCUCGACAUGUACUGCGGCAUACUCCGUUUGCGGCACACUGUAAUUUCCGCAGGCAGAUGCCCUUUUUGUCUCGGGGAUAAAAAACUCCAAAAUUGGGGAGAAUACGAAAAAGUUGUCACCGCAUACUUGACAACAACUUCGUUUGAAACUCACCUGAGGGCCCAUACUUCACCCUUGCUACAAGAGCUCUCGAAGGUGCAGAAAUGUCCACAUCCAAACUGCGCUCUCGGCCCGCAAUUCAGCUCAGGUGAUCUUCUUCAUCAUUUCUGGGACGAUCAUGGUAUUGUCGUGGAUUUCUGGGGUACGAAACUUCCGCGCGACACAGCAAAACCCAUUGCGGAUGACAUGGGAAAUGAUAUACCAAAGAAGAAGACACCAAAACGAACGUGUUCAUCACCUGAAUAUGAGGGGUUUGAGACGAUUAUCGAAGGCAUAAAAGUCUCCACUGAAGGGGUCAGAGCAGAGACCUCCUCCCAGUCAAUGAUCGGAGUCUAUUCUUCAACUUCGGAUAACAAUGCCCAGCCACUCUCCAAACAAGUACCAUAUGGGAUCGAGCGUCUUGAGGAGAUUACUUCCUAUUCUGAAGCAUCAUUGGAAAUAUCUAGCAACAUGUCCUCAGGAGGACUAGCGACAGGGUCUAUGAUUGAUCCUUUGCUUUUGAGAAUCGACGAAGAUGGAUCAAAUCAGAUUGAGUGCCAGUGGUUUGAACAGAUCAUUGUUGACAUUGAUGCCCCUUCAGGAAUCUCCAAAUGUACCCCUGGAGCUAAGACUGGAAUGCAUUCUUUUCUUUGGAAGCCACGAACAAAUCGGAAGAAGGCAAAGAGAAGUUCAGAUUCAAAGUCUACUAGGGACGAAAUAGCGUCGCAGAAUGAGGCAGUUCGUGCGGCCCUCGGAUUGGGGGGAAGCUAUGCCUGGAUGUAG